AUGUCCUUAGACUGGCAUUACAUUGCACCUCUCCAAGAAGCACUUUACAAAAUUUGCGUUGACUGGUACACCACUUCCACGUCUCUUGAUGAUUUGGUGUAUUCCACACAUUCUAUGUUUUUAGCCUUUGCGAUGUUAUACAUUGGUUCAGUUGGUUCAACGAAAAAAGAGCUUGAAAAAGUCUUUGGAUAUUCGAAGCUGCCUGCUGACAAGUUUCUGUCGAUUCUUACCACUUUGAUAUACACAGAAGACGGCGAAGUAAGCCCUCUUUUAGUCGCUAAUGGGAUAUGGGCAAACAAGGACUUUGUGUUGAAAGAGAGUUACAUUGAGAGUGUCAAGAAAAUGAAUUGCACAAUCAACUCGGUCGACUUUAGAAAAGACGUGGAAAGUGUCAGAAAAGUUAUAAACCUCUUUGUUGAGGAAAAUACUAAAAAUGUGAUUCAAGACUUCAUCCAAGAGGGGGUGAUCACAAGCGACACCCUAUCUGUUUUGGUCAACGCAAUAUAUUUUGAAGGAAAAUGGGCGACACCCUUCGACGUGUUACCUGACAAAAUGAAGUUCAAAAUUGGUGGUCAAAAUCUUAGGGAUUCCAAGCCUGAGACACAGUACGCAAUUGCUUUAAAAAGUGAGGUCCGUUCGAGUGCACAAUUUAGAGAGAAAUACACAAGUGUAUCCAUCCCCUAUACCUCCGCUGAUUAUAGCAUGGUCUUUAUAGUUCCAAAUGAUAUGACUUCAUUUGAAAAGGAAGGUGGAAUUAAUGAGUUGAAAGAUAUAGUCAUCUCCACCGUCCAGAGUUUCCCACAGAAGCGCAAUGUAACGAUCCCCAAAUUUGAAAUAGAGUCAUCAUUUGCUAUGAAUGACCAACUCGGGAAAUUGGGCUUGAAAGAUUCAUUCACACAAAACGCAGACUUCUCUAACAUGAGCAACAACAAGUUGAGUGUCUCCGCCGCAAUUCAUCGAGCAAAAGUCAAAGUUGAUGAGAAAGGAACUAUUGCCGCAGCCGCAACUGGAAUCAUGAUGAUGCGAGCUAUGAUCGUAGAAGAGGCAAAAGAUGUUGUUGUGGACAGUCCUUUUUACUUUGUUAUAGUUGGGAAACACAAUCUCCCAAUUUUCUUUGGGAAGAUAACACACCCAAUAACAAAAUAA